UGGCGUGUACUUCCGAUUGCGUUGAUUAUUAGUGAAAUGUCAAGUGAAAUACCGGCGAUGGGCAAAAUGCGGUUUUGUGCUGUAUUUCUCUUUUUAAUUCUUACGAUAUGUGGAUCUACAAAUAUAGACACUAUAUCUAGUGAUAUAAAAAUAAAAAAUGUAGACAGAAUAAUCGAUUGCUCAUCCCAGCUCGUAAAAUCAACUUCAAAAUUAACCCUGGAAAAUGCAGGCAAAGUUCCGAUUAAGAAUUUCUUAUUAGCUGUAGAAAGUGCAGCAAAAGAUAAUUUAGCGUUCCUUGGAGCAAAAGACAGUAAUAACAAGGAACUCCGUUUAAUAGAGACAACAGUAAAAGGCUUCGACUAUAUCAAGUUUUAUCGUGUAGAACUUAAAGACGCGAUAAAUGCAGGUUCCUCAGCAGUUAUUACCACAGAAUCGGUGUUUACUAAAUCUUUAAUCCCAUAUCCUACUGCUAUAACUCAACAGGAAGAUCAACUAGUUAAAUAUAAUGGUAACUUAUACUAUUUCUCACCAUACUAUGUUACAUCGCAAAAAACCAAUGUUAUCUUGAAUACAAAGAGUGUUGAAUCAUUCACAAAAGUGAAGCCUUUCAGCCAGCUAGACGGUACACUUAUAUUUGGUGCUUAUCCCAAUAUUGGUCCAUUCACAGAAAAAGAAUUGAAUGUACACUUUAAAAAUAACUCUCCAUUCCUUACUGUCAGUCGUAUUGAGCGUCUGAUUGAAGUGUCGCAUUGGGGCAACAUAGCUGUAGAAGAGAAAGUUGAAAUUGAACACACUGGUGCUAAGCUGAAGGGUCCAUUUUCUCGCUAUGAUUACCAACAAGACCAUCACAGUGGCCCUGCAAGUGUGCGCGCAUACAAGACCUUAUUACCAGCAUCAGCGGCUGAUGUUUACUAUCGUGAUACCAAUGGAAACAUUUCUACUUCCAACAUGAGAGUCAAGAAAGACUCAGUCGAAUUGGACUUGAGGCCUCGCUACCCUCUCUUUGGAGGCUGGAAGACACAUUACACUCUAGGUUACAAUGUCCCAAGUUACGAAUAUCUAUACCACUCUGGAAAUGAGUAUCUUCUUAAGAUGAGAGUGAUUGAUCACAUUUUCGAUGAUAUGCAAGUUGAUGAACUGGUAACUAAAGUCAUCCUGCCUGAAUUAGCUCACAACAUCAAAGUGAACUUCCCAUACGCACUUACUCGUUUGGCUGACUCUGUACAUUACACAUAUUUGGAUACUCAUGGGCGCCCAGUAAUAUCUUUCACUAAGAAAAAUGUAGUUGAGAACCAUAUUCAAGAUUUCCAACUCCGUUACACGUUCCCAACUAUAUUUAUGUUCAGGGAACCUCUAUUAGUAGUCGCAUCUCUAUACAGCUUAUUCCUCUGUGUUAUUAUUUAUGUAAGAUUAGACUUUUCAAUCCACAAACCAGAACAUCCUCACAAGGAGUAAAGAUAGUAAUUUUAUUUGGAAUUGGUCAUAUUCUUGUGUCUGAGAAUGAACUAUUGUGAGCAUAAGUAGACAUGAGAUUAGUAGAGUUUUAUUUAUUCAACUAGCAUUUACUGUGUUUGGUGCAGAUGGAAUGUUAUCAAUUCCAAUUUAUUAUAACAUAAAUUGAAAUAAUGUUAAAUACAAUUUUAUUACAUACAAUAAAGAGAAAAAAAUUAA